UCUAGAGCUUUUCUUUCAAAUUAUGUCUGCAACUAAAUAUUGCAUAACAGUCUCUCACAUCGUACUAUGGUAGUUAGAGGGGUUGCUACAGGAAAUUUUCUUCUGUUGCAUUUGUUCUGGCAAUGUUAAGACGGAAUAGGUGGACUGUUAAGAUGAAGGAAUAAUCAGACCUGGGUCCUCUCUGAAUACGUGUAAAGUUCUUCUGACACCUGACUGAUGCCAUUUAAAAAAAAAGUGUAAAGUGCAAAUGUGCCUGUGUGCCUGUGUGUGGUCAGAAGAAUUACUGGCAAGCAGUCUCUCUGUAGACUCUGCAUUUAACUGCCUGACCCCAAUAGCUCUGAGCAAAACAUUUUGCAUACUUGAGACCUGCUGACUUCAAUGCCUCUUGUUUCCAAGGAACCUCUCUAGAACGCUGCUGUAAAGGUCCUAUUGAGGAUCUCUAAUUUGGAACAUCACUUGUUUCUUUUAAUGUUCUUCUGACCCCCAGACUGACAGUAUGUUGAAGGAUGCUAUGAAAACAGCUUACUUGAAUAUCUUUCUCUCUUGAUCGGCUUUUCUUUUGUAAAUAGAACAUGUAAUUUCUCCAAAUGUCAUCAAUUACUUUUUUAGUAGUUCUAUGUAUCAAAAUGUCAGAUGAGCAAGUUUUCAGUAUUUUUUGGAUAUAUAACAUUACGAAUUUGCUUUGGAAGUCACAGUAACAGUCUUCUCUGCUUUUUAGGUGCUGCAGGGAGUAAUGGGAAUCAGAACCCGAGUUUUCCAGACCUGCGGGCUUCCUUCUGGAGCCGUUCCUGCCUUUUGACUUGCUGGCAGUGUCAGCUGUCUUGGACCGUUCAGAAGGCCCUGCCUCGUCUUGCUUUGGAAACACACAAGUGGCUGCGUCAAGAGGGGACUACAGUACUGUCUUUGUGGGGAAGAAUAACUGAACUUGCCUUCCAUGGUUUCUUCUUUCUUCCAGAACCAAAUCCCUUUCUGUAUAUCCAGGAUUUACAAAGGAAUGUUUACAAAGAAAUUGGAAAACAGUACAACGAACAAACAAGAGAAUUGUCAGAGCAAAAAGGAACUAAAUAUUUCCCAGGUUGGACAAGUAAAGAAUCCCAAAUUCUCAAGUAGUUUAAAAAGCACAGUAAAAAAAAUAGCCAAGCAUACUUCUGCUUGCAAUUUGUCAGCUAAACAGGAGAGAAGCAAUCAUGAAUUUUCUUUGUCUCCAACUCUCAGCUAUCGGGUAGCCAUUGCAAAUGGAUUGCAGCAGAGGGUUUUCCUAAAUAAGAAUGAAGAUCCCUUUCGAGAUGCUUCUACUAAUGAGAGUUCAUUCUCAGAAUGUUUAAGUGAAGCCAAAGACCAGAACAGGAGCAAAGAAUAUUUCUCGCACACAAUGCCUAUGAGACGCAACAGGAAGAGCGUGAGCAGCCUCGCCCCUUCGGAUGGCAGUUCCGAAGGGGACCGCACACUGCACAACCUGAAGGUUGGUGCUUUACGGAAACUGCGGAAGUGGAAGAAGAGCCAGGAGUACGUCUCCUCAGACUCUGAGCUCAGCACAUGGAAGAAAACCUGGGGCCUGAGGAGCAAGUCUUUGGACAGAACAGCUCGAACGCAAAAGUCAAGUACCUUGGAACCAAGCUUCAGCUCAACUGGUUGCAUCAGUCAGACCCACGAUGUGAUGGAAAUGAUAUUCAAAGAGCUUCAGGGUAUCAGUCAAAUAGAAACUGAACUCUCUGAACUGCGGGGACACGUCAAUGCCCUCAGACAGUCGAUUGAUGAAAUUUCCAGCAGCGUGGAAGUCGUGCAGAAUGAGAUUGAACAGUUGCGGACAGGGUUUGUACAGUCACGAAGGGAGACACGUGAUGUAUAUGAUUAUAUCAAGCAAUUUGGACAUGCAGGAAGCAAAACCAGUCUUCGAUUUUUAAAUGUGCCAGAGGAGAAGUUUGAGAACAUUGAACAUGUAGUGUACAGGACAUUAAUAGAGAAAAUGGGGUUUUCAGAGGCUCAGAAUUCUGUCAAAAUAGAAUUUGCACAGCGACUGGGACAGCAGAGAGACUGUCCCAAUGCCAAGCCACGGGCCAUCCUUGUUUAUUUUGAAACACCCCAGCACAGAGACUUGGUUCUGAAAAAGUCUUACAAGCUUAAGGGGACAGGCAUUGGGGUUUCAACUGAUAUUCUCCCUCGUGAUUCAAGAGAGAGGAAGGAGAGAACUCUCCCUUCGUCGCAGACGUACGAGAGCAUGGAUUUGAAAUUCCUAGCCUCUGAUCUCAGAGCUAAAGAACAGAAUUGGGAGCUGCUUGAUGACCGUGGCAAAGAACUAGAAUCCGAUAUCAGUCGGAACAGGUAUGCAAAAAUAUCCAAAUCUGCUCCACAAAUGAAAAGAAAUUCUGCAAAGGACAUGGGAGAUAUUCUUAAAAGGGCUCCAGAUGGCAACACUUUCCCAGGUCAAGACAGCCCACAGAGGGAGAUCAGAGCCGGUUGCUCUUCUAACAUGACCUCUCUGUGGCCAUCACAGAACGAUUUUGCAGCACUAAAGCUCAGUCGUUCAGAAUCUGAUUUUUCUAAACUCUGCCAGUCUUACUCCGAAGAUUUUUCAGAGAACCAACACUUCAUCAAAACGAAUGGGAGCUCGAUCUUAUCCUCUUCUGAUCAGGAACUCUGGCAGAGAACAUACGGUGAUCCAUCAGACUGGAGCGGUGAUCUGCAAGAACAGGCGUCUAAUCAAGAAGGUCCCUCUCGAAGAUUUGAGAGUGAAAUCGAGAAUACAGAAACAAUUGACAGCGGAGUCAGCAACGGGAUGGCAUGUGCAUCAGGUGACCGAAGCCAUUAUAGCGACUCUCAAGUCUCUUUAGAAGAUGCACUUUCACCGUGGAAAGACUGGAAUCAGCUAGACCAAAAUAGAGACAUUGGAGUAGAUUCCUCAAGCUACAAAAAUUUGGGUUAUAACUUAAAUGAUUUUUCUGACCAGCGGGUGGGCUAUGGCCAGUUAUCAGAUGCCCAGUAUGAGGCAGAACAUUACGAUUAUGCCCCAGACAGUAAUUGCCUCUCUGGUACAGAGUCCAAUAGUGAAAUACAGAGCCAGCGGCUUGGCCAGCUCGCUGAGCACCAGCAGACCAAUGCCCUCUUUCCAAACCAAAACAGGAAGCCUGUGAUGUAUCGAAGCCAAAGUGAGCUACCAAGCAAGGAUGCUGAAGAGGUACCUCCUAAGUCUUGGCACAGCCGGCUGAGCAUUGACCUUUCGGAAAAAAGCUUCAUCUUUCCCAAAUUUGGAAAUACCCUGCAGCGGGCAAGGUCAGCUUUAGAAGUGGUGUGGAAUAAGAGCACGCAGAGUUUAAGUGGCUGUGAGGACAGCGGAUCAUCUUUUAUGGAGAGGUUUCGGACACUGUCUCAGUCCACUGCUAAUGAAUCAAGCACAACCCUAGACUCUGAUGUUUACACAGAGCCAUCCUAUUACCGAGUUGAAGAUGAGGAAGACCCCAGCAAGUCCACGGCUGAGCUUGAAACAGAUUACGUAGAAGUCAUGGAACAAGUCCUUGCUAAACUGGAGAGCAGGACUAGUGCUAAUGAAUUGGAAAAACAGACCCAGGAAUGUGAACCAGAGGCAUCUGUGUACAAAAGCCCUUCAGCUGUUUCACAAGAAAACUCUCCGGUUGGCUGUUUGGGGAACCACGUGGCUGGUCAGCAAAAGUGGGAAGUUGCAGGUGAAGAUACAGUGGUUGAAAACAAAUUAGAUGUAUGUGAAGACGAAAACCAGAAUGUUCCAGUAGUCCCUGCUAAGGCACCAAUUAAAAAAAAAGGCAUUCCAUCUUUUAAAGAAGCUGCUCUGAGGGCAUACAAGGAACAGAUGAGCGAGCUGGAGGAAAAGAUCCUUACUGGAGAUAGCAGUUCUGUGGAUGAAAAGGCUCACACGGCCAGUGGAUGUUCUUUGGAGGCUUCCAGACUUGCAGUCCAAGCCUUUGCUGGCCCUGGUAGUGCUCUGUAUGGGAUUGACAGCAUGCCAGACCUGCGACGGAAGAACACACUUCCUGUCAUCCGAGAUGUGACAAUGGCUACCCGAAAGCCAGGGGUCUCGCUGGCCAUGCUCGUCCGGACAUCCCUGAAUAACGAGAUGAAAAUGCAUGUUUUCAAGAAGACUCUGCAGGCGCUUAUCUAUCCCAUGUCCUUGACCACGCCGCAUUACUUUGAGGUGUGGACAGCCACGGCCCCCACCUACUGCUACGAGUGUGAAGGGCUCCUCUGGGGCAUUGCCCGGCAGGGAAUGAGAUGCAGUGAGUGUGGAGUGAAAUGCCACGAGAAGUGCCAAGACCUUCUCAAUGCCGACUGCCUGCAGAGGGCAGCAGAGAAGAGCUCAAAGCACGGGGCUGAAGAUAAGACCCAGAACAUCAUUACAGCCAUGAAGGAGCAAAUGACAAUUAGAGAGAAAAACAGACCAGAGGUCUUUCAUCUGAUCCAGGAGGUGUUCCAGAUUUCAAAGGAAGACUUCUCAAAGCACACAAAGGCUGCCAAACAGAGUGUCCUGGAUGGCACCUCCAAGUGGUCAGCAAAAAUAACGAUUAUAGUGGUUUGUGCCCAGGGCUUGCAAGCAAAGGACAAAACUGGCUCCAGUGAUCCAUACGUUACUGUGCAAAUUGGCAAAACGAAAAGGAGAACAAAGACUGUCUUCGGAAACCUGAAUCCAAUGUGGGAUGAAAAGUUUUAUUUUGAAUGCCACAAUUCCACAGACAGAAUAAAGGUCAGAGUUUGGGAUGAAGAUGAUGAUAUCAAGUCACGAGUGAAGCAGCAUUUCAAAAAAGAAUCGGACGAUUUUUUGGGACAAACUAUCAUCGAUGUGAGAACUCUGAGUGGGGAAAUGGAUGUCUGGUACAACCUGGAUAAGCGCACUGAUAAAUCUGCCGUUUCUGGGGCUAUUCGCUUGAAACUCAAUGUUGAAAUAAAAGGGGAGGAGAAGGUUGCACCAUAUCACAUGCAGUACACCUGUUUACACGAGAACCUCUUCCACUACUUGACUGAGGUGAAAGCAAGUGGAGCUGUGCAGAUCCCGGCAGUCAAAGGAGAUGAUGCCUGGAAGGUCUACUUUGAUGACGCUGCACAAGAGAUUGUUGAUGAAUUUGCAAUGCGCUAUGGAAUUGAAAACAUCUACCAAGCAAUGAUGCACUUCUCUUGCCUGUCUUCCAAAUACAUGUGCCCUGGUGUUCCAGCUGUUAUGAGCACUUUGCUAGCCAACAUCAAUGCUUUCUAUGCUCACACCACAGCCACCACCAGUGUGUCUGCUUCCGAUCGAUUUGCUGCCACCAACUUUGGGAGAGAAAAGUUCAUCAGAUUGCUGGAUCAGUUGCACAAUUCAUUGAGGAUCGAUCUCUCUAAAUACAGGGAAAAUUUUCCUGCCAGCAGUCCAGAGAGGCUUCAGGACCUGAAAUCAACUGUGGAUCUGCUGACAAGCAUUGCAUUUUUUCGCCUAAAAGUUCUAGAGCUGCAGAGCCCCCCUCGAGCCAGCGCCGUCGUGAAAGACUGCGUCCGGGCCUGCUUGAAUUCCACGUACAGAUAUAUUUUCGACAACUGCUACGAUCUGUAUGCUGGGUUAAUGGACCAGGGUAAAAAGCAAGAUACUCCUCGGGAAGAACAGGGUCCAACGAUUAAGAACCUGGAUUUCUGGACCCAGCUCAUUACCCUGAUGAUCACCAUCAUUGAUGAAGACGGAGCUGCCUACACUCCUGUCCUGAACCAGUUCCCUCAGGAGCUGAACAUGGGCAAAGUCAGUGCGGAGAUCAUGUGGACCCUCUUUGCGCAGGAUAUGAAGUUUGCUCUAGAAGAGCAUGAAAAGCACAGGUUAUGCAAGAGCACAGACUAUAUGAAUUUACACUUCAAAGUGAAAUGGUUUUAUAAUGAAUAUGUGCAAGAGCUCCCCUCAUUCAGAGACACAGUGCCUGAAUACUCUCUGUGGUUUGAGCCAUUUGUCAUGCAGUGGCUAGACGAAAAUGAGGAUGUCUCCAUGGAAUUCCUUCACGGCGCAUUGGGAAGGGACAAGAAAGAUGGGUUCCAGCCCACAUCAGACCAUGCUCUCUUCUCUUGCUCAGUGGUAGAUGUCUUCACGCAGCUCAGCCAGAGUUUUGAGAUCAUAAAGAAGUUAGAGUGUCCUAAUCCUGAAGCACUUUCUCAUCUCAUGAGAAAAUUUGCAAAGAUAAUCCAUAAAGUGCUUACUCAGUAUGCUGCAAUUAUAACAGAGGAUUUCAGCUCUUACUGUGAUAAGGAAAAUGUGCCCUGUAUCUUGAUGAACAACAUUCAGCAGCUGCGAGUGCAACUUGAGAAGAUGUUUGAAGCCAUGGGCGGGAAAGAGCUGGACCCCGAGGCCAGUGAGGUCUUGAAAGAGCUGCAGACCAAGCUUAGCAGCGUCCUAGAUGAGCUCAGUGUGACCUACAGCGCCAGUUUCCAGCUUCUCAUUGAGGAGUGUGUGGCACAAAUGAGCACGGAGUUAAACCGGCUGAGAGGAAACGGAGCAGUGGGAAGCAAAAGCAGCAGCGCCCUGCAGGCCGAGACUGUGCUGCGCCCCUUGAUGGAGUUCCUUGACAGAACCUUAAGCACCUCAGCCAAAAUCUGUGAGAAGACCGUUCUGAAGCGGCUGUUGAAAGAGCUCUGGAAGUUGGUCCUGAGCAAAAUAGAAAGGCAGAUUGUGCUCCCACCCCUGGCGGACCAAACCGGCCCCCCAAUGAUUCUCAGUGCAGCCAAAGAUUUCAGCCAGUUGUCAAAGCUGAAGGACCACGUCAUCCGAGAAGAAGCAAAAAGCCUGACACCAACACAGUGUGCAAUAAUGGAAGUGGUUCUGGCCGCCAUUAAGCAAUAUUUUCAUGCUGGAGGAAGUGGGCUGAAGAAGAGCUUUCUGGAGAAAAGUCCAAACUUGCAGUCUCUCAAAUAUGCACUGAAUCUUUACACGCAGACCACAGAUGUUCUGAUCAAGAAAUUCAUUGAUACCCAGACUUCUCAAAGUCAAACAACAGACAACACGGUGGGGGAGAUUAAUCUCCAGGUGGAUCUGGCAACACAUCCUGCAACUGGCGAGCAUAAAGUCACUGUCAGAGUUGUAGCAAUUGACAACCUCCGCUGGCGGACCAAUGCCACGUUCCGCCCCUUUGUGGAGGUCUGCAUUCUGGGGCCCAGCCUGAGCAACAAGAGGAGGAAGCACGGCACCAAGAGCAAGAGCAACACCUGGUCCCCGAAGUACAAUGAAACGUUCCAGUUCCUUCUGAGCAGCGAAGAACGGCCCAGUGCUUACGAGCUUCACCUCUCAGUGAAGGACUACUGCUUUGCGAGGGAAGACCGACUCAUUGGUGUGGCUGUGGUCCAGCUCCGAAGCAUCCUGGAGAGAGGAAGCUGCAGCUCUGCUUGGCACCCCCUGCGGAGAAGCAUCUGCUUGGAUGAGGCUGGGCUGACAAUCCUGCAGAUUCUUUCUCAGAGGACCAGUGACGAAGUUGCAAAGGAGUUUGUCCGGCUCAAGUCAGAAACCCGGUCCGUUGAAGAAACAGCCUGAAAUUCCUUGUAAGGAAAUGCAAACUUCCAGCCCUGACAUCCUUGACCUGUCUUAUCGAUGUAUGAAUCAUGCAUGUGUGCGCAACUCUGUGGGAAUGUUUGACUCUGUUUCUGUGUUUGCCAGAACAUAAAUUACUAUAUUUGCAAGGUAUGUCCAAGAGCUGUCAAUCUUUCCUACAUGUUCAGGUUCUUAAGGAAGAAAUGGAAUUGUUCCAAUGAAGUGCCAAAACUGCAGUGAAUAGCAACAUUAGGAAAGGCAUCUUUUGAGAUACUGAUCUUGUCUCAUAACAGCCCCUUUCUCGUUGCCACGUCCUGUCUCUGUUUAACUAUCCUACUGCCCGUGCAACAUCAUGUUUCUGCAGACCCAUUUCUCCAGCAUCUCUUUGGACGCUUGGCCUUGUUUCCUCCCACUUUAUGCAAAAUCUGUUUAAGUCUUGCUUCUAAAAUCCUUUUUCUACCAUCUACAGGUGCAGUUACUUCAAGAAAGUGUUUGUAAUUUUAUAGUUGCUGAUUUAAAGAAAUGAUUUUUUGCAUACAAAUCUUUAAAAAGUGGAAAUGUUUUAUGCUGACCUUUUUUCUCCAGUCUUUCAUACUUACCACUGUGAGGAAGAGCUGGCAGAGCAAGUUCUCAAGAAGUCUGGCCACGUUUGUUACCGAUGUUUAAUAUCUUGAGAUAAGUUUGCUCUCCAAAGCCACCAAGUUCCACCCAAGAGGCCUCCAGCAACCCAGUGGAACUGCUCUUGGUCUUCCUCCCUUCCCCAGGACCGGACGAGCCCUGGAGAGAAGCAGAGCCAGGCGCCAGGACCUACAGCAAGCUCUGUGCAAAAAUGGUCUCAAGCCCUAUCCAAGCGGAGCAGGCUGGGUGUGAGAAAACUGAACCGAGCCUUGGAGGAGAAGCCGGCCUUUCCUUGGACACAGUUGCCACAUGGCCCUCCUGCUGGGUUCCUUUCUGAAAAGCUGGCUGUUCCUUUCUCAGUCUUUUAAAAAAAGAAGAUGGAACCCCAGUGAAGAGGGUGACCCAGACUCUGCUGCCCCACAGGUUCCCUAGGCACAUGCAUCCCCAGGAGGGGAUGUAGGGGAGGCAGGCUGUGCCUCUUGAGUCCUGCAAGGCUGUGGGAGGCUCGGGCCAGGAGCACACAAGGAGGCACUUCCUGCCAACUCCCCCUUCCCGCUGCCCCGCAGGCUGCCUCUCCCAGGUUUAUUUCAACUCCCAUCUCAGGAGCUCAAAUUAAGCAGAAGGGGCAAAAGAUGCCUGGCUGCCUCCAUCCUGUUGAUUGGAUUCCCUAACCUGCCUCCAGUCUUCACAGGGAUGUGUGUCGAGGUUUGGAGAUGACCUUUGGUCAGGUGCCUUCAGCUGCUGCAGCAGUGCUUGAAAAUGGGGGUGCAUCAUGUCACUGAACGGAGCUCCCGCCUCAAAGGCACCCAAAGGACGACAGCUGGGAGCCUGUUGUCUGUCUGCAUCAGCCCCACAGGCUGAGAAGCCAAUGCCAUACAGUACAGAAAAGGAACAAUUGCUAUGGCCAGACAACUCAUUUUUGCCACUUCGAAGCAACUCCUGGAAAAGAUCAGCAUUGCAAUGAGCUUCAAAGGCUACACAUAGGAAUGGCUGAGUUUUUGACUUAGAUCAGCCAUGCUUUUCCUCAGUGGCUGAAAUCUGAUUAAGUAUGCUGCAUUCUCUCUGCACUCCUGCCAAAAAAGAAAAAGAGUCCCUGAAACUAAAAAGGAUAUUUUCACCAUAAAGCUGUCCUUCCUUUGGAAGUGAGAAACGUGGCCUUGCUGGUGAGGGGCUGAGAUGCUGCCUAAAGUCUGGAUUUGGCCCUGGCCUUUUGAGGUGCGAAGCAUGAAAAGCAUUAAGAAAGUAUGUCCAGAUGCCCAGGAUAGGUGCAGACCUGCAAAGUGGGGUAAGGGGGGGCAGCAUUUUAGGCUAAGACUGGAUCCUUAAUCGGAUGCUGAGCAGGGAGGCCUUGUCUCUCUCCUGCUCCAACUCCCCCUGCCAGCCAACAGCCACUGACCCAUUUCAGGGCAGAGAUGGAGGAGGGAGGGAGCUUGACCUCUCUCUCGGGCGGGGGGCACUGCCAGAACAUCUGAGUGACUGCCACUGCAAGGUCUGCAGGGCUUCCUGCUUAGCAGCUCAUCCCUUCAGUUCCACUGCCUUGGAAAAAAACGUUCCCCAGAGAAUUCCACCUCCCAUGGCCAUCUACAGUCAGAGGUGAUGCCACUUCAAAAGAAAGGGGCCAGAAGCCGCCCCAGCACACAUGCAGUUGCCCGCAGGUGGCACUGAGCUGCACCUGCAUGUCUUGGACCAAACUGUGCCUCGGGGGCCCCAAAAGGGCCAAGUCCAGCUGCUUGGCUGGCUGCCUUGCCCGCCCAAGGCUCCCGCAGGCCAAGGGAUCUGUUGCCUCAGCCAAGGGAGCCAAGGCCUUGCGAUUCUGGGAGCUGAGGCUGGCAGUUCGCCUUCUCUCCCCGGAAUAGAAGGAUGGCACCCUCUUUCUCAACGGUUUGGCGUAGUGCAGACCUGCCCCCUGAGGCGCUUUGGAAUCUUGCUCUGCGUGGCCCAUGUGAUGCACAACGUGAUCUCCCCCCCACCCAACCAGAUGCUGUGGAGUUCAUUCUGUUGCUUCAGGAAGUGUUUGGUGGGAGACCGACAGAGCCCUAGAGAAUCUGGCAGUUGGGGGGUUGGAAGAGCGGCUCGUGUGCCUGCCCCGCGAAAGAUGGCCAGCCGCGUUGCUACCACGAUGCUACUUUGCUUUUUCCUGAAGGGGACGGGAGGGAAAGAGUUGGUACAGCCACUGGAGAAGCCUGGGCCACCAGCGGGAGCCCCAGGUGAUGUCUUGCUGGUCGCCCGGAACAACCCGGAGAGGCUGCCAGACACUCCAUUUGCUGCCCCCCCGGCCCUGCAGAGCAUCUGCCUUCCUUAAUGGGCUGCCCUCUGGGGGUGCCUAAGCGCCAAGAGUGGCAUUCUGCCCUGCACUGCUGUUGUUGCUGCCGCCGCCACAACUUCACAAGACACCCCGGAGAGGCAGGGAGGCGCGGUGGGCUGGCUGGCAGAGCCGACAGAGCGGCUGGUGGAGAAGACCAGGAUGGCUGGACCGGGAUGUGACCUCUGGUGGUCUGAAGGCAGGAAGGCGGCAGAGUGGUGCCUUGGCUUCGCCUUCGGCUGUGGCGAGAGGGCCUCGAGGGGACCAGGAGCGGAGCGAGGCGCCUGAGGUCCGGGGGUGGGCUGCGCACUCCUCGGCUGGCGGGGUCCCUUCGCUGCCAGAAUCCAGUGGUGCCUCCCCACCAAUCAGCGCAAACUGAGGAUGGGAAUGGGAAGAGCCCCUGGCCCGCUAACUCAUUUCAGAAGCCGGGAAAAUCGAUCUAGACGACCAAGUUGCUUCCUCUCCGUCCUUCAGGCUCAAGUUACAGUAUUGCCCAAAUGCCCAUAAAUGUUGGAAAACAGAACAGAUUCCAAGACAGGGAGAGAGACAUUCCUCUAUCCUUGCCUUGAGACGUGUCCAUCUUCUUUGGGUGGCGCCUUAAUAUUGGAAGCGGGUGGGGUGGAAGAAUCCCGAGGAGACUCUGACUGAAACAGCAUCGCAGGCAGAAUCGUUUCCUGGGCUGGGGGAAGCGGCGCUUUGGCUGGACCGGGUGGCCAUCCCGGGGGCUCAGGCAGAACACGCCUGUCGCCAGAGCGCUAAACAGCAUCCAGGGAUCUUCCCAUGUGACCCAUCUGAAGGAUCUCAAUCACAUCUUAAUUUAAACAAAGGACUGCAUGAAUCAUUCAUUGUAUGGUGCUCCCUGGAGAGAGAGCCGCACGCAACUGGCCCCAUGCAAGAUCAGAGUAGGCCUGAACUAUAGCGGCCUUCCAGGGAGACUGCAGCAAAGUGCUGGGAGAAGAGAACUCCCUGUGUCUCGGGGGCUAGUUUGCUGCAGGUGGUAGCUUAUGAGUUCCUAGUUGAGGAUGGAAGUGGGAUCCCAAAGAAAGGGAGGGGAUGCAUCAGGUCUUGCCACUUCUUCCUUUUCCCAGCAAAAAGAAGCUUCUGGAGUUGAUUAGCAUUGUGUGCAGCAACGAGGAGAAGCCCCGUGGCGUCAUGGGGCUGCGAGGGUGGUGCAGUCUGGGAUUAGCACUGCACUCGGUGCCAAGGGGCUGUGAGGUAGAGCUGGGUUCCUGCAGCCCCCCCGGCAGAAUUCCCGUCUGCGUUCUGCCUGUCUCUGGAAACAUGGAAGACAACUACUUCUCAAGACGGAGUGAAGUCAGGCACCCAACUGUGGGGCUGUUAACACUCUCCCCCAAAGUACCAGGUGCCUCUAGAAGAACCAGUGUUGUCAGCUGCUUUGCUGGAAACAUGGAACACACCUCCCUCUCCCUGGAAGCAGCAGCCAAGGCAGUCAGGGAGCAAAAACAAACCUUUUCCCAAGGGGGGAGGAAUGCCAACGCAAGGCGUUGAUCCAUCUGCCGCCAAGGCCAGAAAGGAAAGGGGCCAAUUCAGCCAAGCUUGUGGUGUGCCCUGCUCUGUGGCUUUUAAACGCUGCCUAGUUUGUGCUGCUGAUGGGAGCAUGAAGUCAGGCGGAAAGGAGGGAUCCCCAGUGCCUUUUCAGAUGGCAAACCAAGUUUCACGCCUCUCUUCCAGCCCUCCCAGAUGAGCUGGAUAUGGUUAUGCUACAGAAAAUCACUUCAGGAACUGCAGCUCUGCUUUCUGGAGAAAGGACUUUAAGCAAGUGGGGACCAGGCACCAGCCAGGCUUCUUCCCUCUCUAGGUCCUACGACCAGGAAAACGCUGGAUGCUUCAGGCUUAACAUGGAACAGUCGGCGAAAGUCACAGCCAUUUGACCUCAAGAUCAUGACUUUCCUUCUGCUGUCCUUUAGCAGAUUGAAACAACUUCUGCCUUCUCCCGAAAGUGUCUUUCUCAUGGGCUGUUGAGUCCCCCUGGAAAUUGGUUUG